CAUAAUAUCGUUUUAGAAUUUCAUCGUUAUUAUUAUUGUAAAAUUUUUAUUUAUUCUAUAGAAAAGUCUUGUUAGUGUAAUACUACUUAUGAUUUAUUUCAUAUAAUAUUCAACCUUAGAAAAAAUGGAAAAUCAGUUAAAUUGGAAUGAUAGCUGCUCAACAGAUCAGCAUGUUCCCAUCAACCUCCAAAAUUACUUUUGGGGGUUAACAAGUGCAUUUAUUAAACCAAAAGUUGGGAAAUUACAUGAAAACUCUUGUUUGUUCUGUCAACAUAUACAUGGUCAUCAUGAAAUGAAAGAAGCAUCCAAGUCUUUUGAACGCCUAUUGGUACAAGAUAUACGAACAGAUGUUCCUGAUACUCUUAAAAAAGAAUUUAAAUCAUUAAGUAGAUGGCAUAUCAUUCAGGCUUCGCUUCCUCAUCUUAUUCAUUCUACUGCUGCUAUUCUUCAAAACAGAAAAGGAACUAACAUUCAAUAUAUUGGUGCUGUUGAAGCCAAACUACUUCAUAUUUUGCAUUGGAUUUUACUUGAAGCUCCUGAUGAAUGUGCUGAUUCAGAUUAUGAAAAGGGAGUAUUUCAAACGUCACCUCAUUUUUACUUAUACAAUAUACCUUCCAUAACAUUAUUCGUUUACCUGUUUGCUCCAUUGGUCAAUCAAAUGAAAGAAUCUGAUUUACUCAAUAAUGGGUUAGAGGGUGGCUUAAAGUUAUGGCAAGCACUUUGGGAAAGCCGAGCUCCAAAUAAUGCUUGUUUUACUGCACAUUGUAAGCCAAAACCAAAAUCAAUAUGGUAUAAUCUUAAACAAUUAUCUCAAGAUAAAUUUAGAAAUCAAGAUUAUAGUAGUCAUACAUUAUCUGCAUCUGCAAGUUCAACACAUAUAAAUGCUAAUGAUUCAUUUAAUAAAUCUGUUGAAGAAGAAAUUUGGAUAGCAUCUCCAAAAGAAAAAUAUUUUCCUGAAACAAUACCAGAAGAGAAUUCAAGUACUGAAGAUGAACAAGUGGUUAUUUUUCAUAUACCUCCUUGUGACGAGUAUAAUUUUAAUACAGAAAAUGUUGCAAAUAGUUAUUCAAUCAAACCAAGUAUAUUUCAACUACCUAUUGGAAAGUCUGAUUCUUUAUAUACAUUUGAAGAAUUGGCAGCAAUUACUUCUCCCGAGAUGAAACAAUUACAAAAAAGAAUUAAAAUUAGUGAAUCAAAAAAAAAAAGCAAUUCUAACAAUUAUAAAAGUUCUAGCAUUUUAACAGAAGAAUCACUUUCAGUGGAUUUGUAUGCUGCUACCUUUUUAGAUGUUGCUGUUCUUAGGUGUUUGUUUGUUCCGCAGUGGUGUGAAGAAGGAGUUUAUUGGUGUCUUCAGUAUCUAUAUCAUAGACUUCAAAACAUAAAUGAAAAUAUCAAAAUAAAACAAGAACCACGGCGCCGUAGCAACUCUUUACCAAUUCCAAAAAUUGAAGUAUCAUUUCAUCAUGAACCUGAUUACCGUGGCAAAAUAGUGAAACAAAAUUAUUCAAAUAAUAUUACUGAUUUGGGUGAUAGUUCUCCAGAAAUAGUUAAAGAUAGAAAAAGAACAUUUUUUGAUGACCGAGAUCUUCCAAAUGUUCAUUCAAGACAAACAAGUGAAAGGAUAAAGAAGAAGAAAAAAAUAGUAGACUUGAAGUCAUUUGUUGGGUGUAAAUUAUUAUCAAAAUCUGAAAAAAAUCUACAGAAGAUAGAUUAUAUAAAUGAAAUUAUCAUGUUAGAACAGAAUAGUCAUAACACAUUGUUUACUAGUGAUGAAUUAUCUUCUACAUUGUUGAGAAAAUUAGAUUUUUUAUUUCAAAAUAAUAAAACAACAACCUUUCUAAACAGAGGAAAAAGUCUUCCAAGCUUAAGGGUUAAUGACCUAAAAAAUGUAAAAAAUUGUUUAAAUCCAACAAUUACUAUAACAGAACAUUCUGGAAUAACAUCUCCUGACAUAAACUUUUAUAAAGCUAGAUUUUUUGAAGAAUUUAAAUUUGAUAGCCUGUUUCCUCAAGGACAAAAGCUAUGUAAAGAAUUACACCAUUCAAAUCUAACACGAUCUCAGACUGAUUCAAAUAUUACAUAUAUUAGUGAAGAAAUAUUGGAAGUUCCUGGUUCACAGAGUUAUAUUACUAAGGAUGGAGAUGUUGACUUAGAUGUAGUGUUAAGAGCGAUUCAUUUUUCAGUUUACCAAAUUAACACAAGCAAGACAUUUAGAGUUUGUGAAGUUAUAAUCAAUUUAUUAGAACUAUUAUUAGACUUAGGUAUAUUACAGCAAACUUGGCCUGGAGAUUCUUCUAAAAUUUCUAAUAAUAACUUGUAUAAUCCAAAUAUAACAUGUCCUGAUUAUGUAUCACAUUUAUCAUAUAGUAAACCAAUGUCAGCACAUGCUCUUGUUAUGAGUUCCAUCAUCAGAGUUAUACAAAAUUUGGGGUGUCCUCAUAGCUGUGGAGAUGGUCAUAAAGGUCCUCCAGCAAAUUUUGUACGCAGUCAAUGUCAACUUUUAUUAAACCGUUUGAAACAAAAUGACAAAAAACAAUUUUCAAAUUAUUUGAGGCAUUUCAUUAAAACAAACUCAUUAACUUGUGUUAUCAAUUUUAUUCAUUCAUAUAUUGGAUUUUGUACAGAACCUAUCUUUUCAAAUUCACCAAUGUGUAAUAAAAGAAAAUCAAUUGAUACCAUGUCUCAACUGAGUGGUUCUCCAUCUGGAUAUGGAUCAUUAAAUGCAGCGUGUAGUCGAGGCAAUGAGUAUCAUGUUAUAAAUGUUAUAUUCAGAAGUUUAAUAUCUAGAGUUGUGAAAUCUUUUAAAGAGUUGAAGCAGCCAGAAAAUACUGACAUUUAUAGCACAGUAAAAUUUUUGAUUGGAUAUAUUAAAGAUGUGCAUUCAUCUAUUUUCAAACGUGUAAUGUUAAGUGGUUUAAUUGAUGUUGCAUACCAUAAGGAUGGAAAAAAUUGUAAUACACAAACUACUCGAGUAAUCAGACAUAUACCAUUGCGUGAUCAUGAGGAACAUACCAAGUCAAUUACUGAACCUUUCAUAUUAGACAAUGUGAAUAGAAAGCUUUUAUUCAAGAAAAGAAGUACCUUGACUAGCUUCACUAGCGCUUUUGAAAAUCAAAUCAGUGAAGAUAUCAAAAAUCAAAUAGCUUUAAUUAAUUUAAAGAAGAAAAAAAAUCCUAUGAUCUCUAAACCUAGCGAAGGCAGUAUGCAGUGUCCAAAAAAAUCUUAUUCUGAACGUUUACAAAUUAAAGAGAUAGUUAAUUGGAUUAGCUCAAAAUCAAAUGUUCAAGAAUGCCGUGGUAAAUCUCAAGCUAUGAGUUCUUAUGAUUCAACAUCUGAUGUAGGAUCUCUAGUACGUCAAGCAGCUAACUUACACCAAUCAUAUUGUCGAGGAUCUAAUAAAAGCAAUUCUAGAAUGACAUCAAAGUUUAAAAAGACUAAAAAGCGAGUGGGGCAUCAAUUGAACAAAUAUGUUUUUCGUAAAGGUAGAAAAAAAGAUAAAAGCACUGAAGAUUCUCAAGGAAGUUAUUUAAGUCGUCGAGAUUCUUUAGAUGAUGGGGAUCAUCCCCACCAAUCAGAAUUUGUUGUAUUAAAAGAGAGAAAAUUAGUACAAAUUAAACAGUUAAGAAUGGGAAUUCAACGUUUUUCUGUUAUGAUGGAAAUAUGUGGGCCUGGAUCAGUUCCUGAUGCUAAUUUAAUAUCUGCUGCAUUUGAUUUGCCUAAUACUCCUGUACUAGCUAGAGCAGCAUUUCUUUUAGAAUGUUGCUAUUAUGUUCAUAGUUGCAAUAAAGGUCAAUGGUCAGCUUGGAUGCGUAUGAUGAUGAGACCAUCUGGAUUAAAUUUCAAAUCAUCCACAAUGUUAAAUGGAUUGAAAAAAUCAGCUGUUGUUCAGCAUAACACUGGAAAACUUUUUCGGCAAUGGGGAGAAAUUAUUGCUGCACGAAUUGAUGAAAUGAUAGCAGAAGAUAAAAAAAAAUUCGCUCAUAUUUCUUUGCAAAUUCAUGAUGAAACUUAUCAGCAUGAUCUUCAAAAUGAAGACGAGGAAGAAGAUUUUUUAGAUGAAACUUCUGGUAUCUCACAGACGAUGAGUUGUCCAAUGGUUUUGAGAAUAGUUGCUUGUAUGUUAUUUUUAGAAAUUACAUCUUACUUACGUGAAACUUAUAGAAGUCGACCAAAAGCUCGGCCAUCAAAUCCUUACACAACAUUACCCGUUACAACAAAUCCUUGGGAGAGAGAGACACGUCAAUCACACAGUAAAGAAGGAAGAAGGUGGUCCAUGGCAUUGUCAUCCAUGGGACAUUCUCAAGCUUCAGCACAAAGUUUACAAUCAAUUGCAUGUGAAAAAGAACAAGAAAUGGAGAAAAGUGGAAAUGAGCUCUCACAAAGCCAUUUAAAACCAGAAGAAGAUGUUAGUCGAAAAAGUAGUAUUGUUGUUGCUACUACUGUGUUGACCAAACUUCGCAGACAUGCUAAACUUAUAAAAGAAAAGCGUGCAGCUCCAGAUAAAGGUAAAACAUGUUUGAAACGUAAUGAUAAUGAACAGCCUACUAAAACAGAGAAUUCUAAUCCAAAUGUUCAUUUUAAUCAAUGGGAUGAUAAUGGACCAAUAAUGAUAAUUGAUGAAAAAAAAUCAAAAUCAUCUAAUCAACAAUCAAUUGCCUUAUCUCAGAGAAGAGGUACAGCUGGUUCUUUUAAACGGUAUAGUUUGAAAUUACGUCGCAAUACUAAAGAAGGCAUCAAGGAAAUUAUAUCAUCUGAUGGUGAUUAUCGAAGUGAUACCUCGGAUGGAUGUGCAGCAGGUAUCACUGGAGAUGCUAGUGGUGAAGAAGAAUCUGCUGCAAUGAUGAGUGAUGAACACAUACCAGUAAGUCCUUGUGACAGUAAUGAAACUGAUGACACUACAUACUUUAUGCCUUGGUUAAAAUCUGUUAUUCAAAUCAAUAAGUCAUUUGAUUAUAACUGUACUCAUCAGUCAUUUUGCCAUCCAUUGUGCUAUAAACGUUAUAUGCGAUCUUGUUCAAGGCUUAUCAAAGCCAUUAGAAAAUUAUACGGUGAAGAAUUUGGUUUGAUGAGUUCCUUAGAGCAAAAUGCUGAACUAGACGAGUUUGUUAAAAUAACAAAAGUUGAGACCAAAAAGAAUUUACAAAUUUCUAGCUGUCAGACUUCUCCAAACAAACGUAAAGAUAGUCUUGGAAAAAUAGAAAAUUCUAGUCAUUUAUAUAAUAUCAGUGAAAAUAUUUCUAAUAGUAAAAAACUUUUACUAAAAUCUGACUCAAAAAUUCAAGAGAAAAAAGAGAACCAUAAUCAGAGAAAUGUCAAUCAUGAUACUCCUUUAAUUUUAAAAUAUAUGAAAAAUCAAGUACACAAUUUGUUCCACUGCUCAAUGUCAUUGAUGAUAAAAGCUGCAGUUGUUUUAACAGAAGAACAGGUUUUAGAUGUAUUGCCUAUUGCUUGGGAAUUUCUCUUAGACUCCAACCAAGAACUGGUAGCUUCAUCAUCAGCCUUAUUUAUAAUAGCUGCAUUUAAAGCACCCCAUAAAAGUGUUGAAGUUAUGAAUAAUAGUCUAACAAGUAAAGAUACUACUAUUAGGGCUAAUGCCAUUUUAAAGUUUCAUGUUCUUUGGAAAAAUCGCUACCAACCAUGGCCACGAAUGGAAGAAGGUGCUCAUAAUUUGUUUAGGGUCCCUCCUCCUGGUAUAGAAUUUACCUUAACUUCACCCAAAAUUGGUAUAGAAUGUCUACCAACUGUGGAUCCUCCCUGGAUGCCACAAGUUGAAACUAAAGUAGAAGAAGUUGCCAUUGGACAAGAUACUCAUAGAUCGUUAGUCACUGCUACUAAAACCAGAAAAAAGCAACAAACAGAACUAAUAAAAAUGGCUCUUGAAGCCAAAGAAGAUCAGAGACGAAAUGAACGAGAAAGUUUCCUUGUAACUGCUAUACCAAUUAACAGUCAAGCAGCACAUGAACAAAUGCACCAUGGUUUAUCUGAUUUAGAAUAUGAUGAAGAAAUAGAUGAGCAUGAAAAUCAGACUCGUGUUAUUACUCAUCAUUCAGUCCCAACAGUAACUGUUCUUUUCCCAUCAACCUUAUGUUCAGCUGUAGUUGAAAUUAUAUCCUUGCUUAAUGAUCCAGCUGUCACUGAUGAUGGCACUUCAGUAUAUGAAACUGCUUAUGAGGUUAUUUGGACAUGUUUAGUGGAAGAUUGCAAUUUGUUUUUACGUUUUGUUUUUGAAAGAUUAACUCGUGACAACCAAGAAAAAAUGUUUAAGUUGUUACGACACCUAAUUCGGUUUGUGCCUAAGCUACCUCAUCAGGCAGCAUUCAUAUUGUAUAACUAUAUCAUAGGAUAUGUGAUGUUUUAUGUGAGGUCUCCUCAUGAGGAGGGUCAAGCGAUGAUAGGCUCAGCUUUGUCAAUUCUUUGGAUGGUUGUUCAUAGUGUUCAUGGUAUUAUGUUCAAAGACUUGAAACAAAUUUUACGCAAAGAACAAUGUGAUGGAUCUAUAUUGUUAACUGCUAAUGUUCCAUCGACUAAAAAAGUUGUUGUUCAUGGUCCUCAAGAACAAAUGUCAGGUGGUAUCCCAUCACAAUUUCCUGUUCAAGAAGAUACACAGUUUAUUCAAAUAUUAAAAGAAUCUUUAGACUUCUUUGGUAUACAAGAAGAACGUCAAAAAGAAUUUUUUCUUGUCAACAUCAAAACACGCCAAAUUCAUAAUCCUAAUUCCUAUGUCAGAGAUUAUUACUUUUUCAAAAGAUCACAAUACCCUCAAUUAGAGCUCAUUCAAUUGGACCUUGUUGAAGCAUUUAAUCAAUUACAGAGUCAAGAACUAAUUCACAAAUUUAUUGAAAUAGGAAAAGUGCUUUUAACUUGGGCCAUUUUAAAAAAUGUGGACAUGGUUGUACAGCGUGUAGUAUUUUUGCAUGAAGAAUUAAUUAAACUUCCAUCAUUUCCUAGAAAAGCAUUGGACGCUGAUUUGGAUUUGUACAAAGGAGGGAGUAUGGGAAAAGAGCUUUUGGGACUUGAUUUGCUGCAUAAAUUUAUGUGGGUUCGCUUGAUAGCAAGAAUGUUUGAAGCCAUGGCUGGUAAUUUUGCUUAUUCAGGUGAUAUUCACUUGUUUUUAAAUGUGUUAAAUGGUGCAGUAACUUUGCAUUGUGAAGAUUCUUGUAUUCUUCGCUAUGUAAUGGCUACAUACAUAAAUGCUGCAAGAAAUUUUAAGAAUAUAUUUUCUAGUAACGGAUAUUUACUUAUCAUUCCUACAUUACUUCAACUCUAUGCCAGCCACCAUACGAACAAAAUUGUUACCAGAUCCAUUGAAUACACUAUUAAACAAUUUUAUCUUAUGAAUCGUAAGCCUUUUAUAUUGCAAAUGUUUGGCAGUGCUUCUAGUAUACUAGAUUUGGAUGAUGCAACUAAUACAGAAAACUCCAAUAAGGUUGAAGCAAAUUAUUUUUUCAAACUAAUUUUGAGUCUUGAAACUCCAUCACCUGACCCUAUUCAUAUAAGUGAAUUAAUUAAAGAGGAAAAACCCCUGCAAGCAGUUGAUUUUUGUUAUCAAGAUGAAGAUGAUACUAUUACAGUUCAAGACUGCACUUCAUUAUGUGUUAUGGUUAUAGCUUUUUCACCUGAAACUUUGCGAUCAUACCAAAUGCUGUUAAUAUUAGAAGCUAUUUUACCAUGUUACCUUAAUCACAUACAACAGCCCAAGUACAGAGAAAUUGAACGUGAUGUAAUUAAUCAGUUGAUAACUUCUAUAAAAACAUUGAUAAACAAUAGUGAAGCAUUGUCUAAGCAUUACAAUGGGCCACAAAAAUCCAGUCCAGAUCCCAAGGAUUCAAGUCAGCGUAAUUGUAGCAAAGGGUUAUGCUCUCCGACUGGUGGAGUUGGUGAAACUAAAGAUAUGGAAACAAACUCAAAAAUGUUUAGUGAAAGAAAAUCUCAUAAAACCUUGUUAGAAAGAGACCAGUUAGAUUGUGAGAUUCAGCUAGAAGAGAAGUGUGCUGCUUUACGUAAUGAAUUUCGACGGACUAGAGAUGUAUUGUUAUCAGUUGUUACAGAUUUUGUGGUUAUAUGUCAUGCUCGUCUUAUAGAACUUAGUAGAAAAUAUCCACAAGAAGGGAAACCAUUUGAAAUUUUAGAUACUCGCAUGCAUAUUAGACUAGGUGAAGUAGCUCACAGCCUUUUAAAAGUAUCUCCAUAUGAUCCAGAAACAAUGUCAUGUAAAGGGCUGUUAAAAUAUAUGACUAAUAUUUUACCAAUAGUAGAUUGGGCAGCUGAACCUUUACGGCCUACACUAUUGGGUAUUCUUCGUAGACUUGAUAGAACAUUCAAUAAAAUAUAUAAAAAACCAUCAAUAAGAAGAUAUACAGACUGGUAUGCUGCAGGAGAACUAAUUAAAGGAAUAUAUGAUACUCUAUCAGAACAUCCAUUCAUUGUACACAUACCACAUUUCAAAACUUUAGUUUCUACGUGCCAAGGUAUAAUUGUUGGUGAGUAUGGUAGUACAACCAGUACUGGAACUGAUAACUUUCAGCAAGCUGCUAUUCCUAUAGAAACUCCUCCUCCACACUUCUGUGCUAUUGUUAUAAGAUUACUGGCUCUUCAUAUAUUAGCUAUUGGGGAAAAUUAUACAUUAGAACAAUCUGUUGGAGGUAUGAACAAUAUAAUGUCUUCACAAGUAAAGACUGAAAGUUUUCUCAUGAACUUAUUUUUACCACUUUGUUUUAGAGUUGGGGUUGGCAAGAAAGAUAUGCAUAAUAUGAGAUCUUGUGACAUAAAAUUCAUGUUGUCAGUUAUAUUAAAUUCAAUGAGUCCACCUGUUAAGACCACUUGUUUGACAUUUGUUCAAUUAACCAAUAUUAAACAAUCGUCUGACUUACGUACCAACUCUUUUACAUUUAACAGAGACUCAAAAACUUCACCAACAGUAUCAAAAUCUUUUUUCAAAGUUUUAUUUUUAGCUUUAAAAAUAAUGCUUGUGUGCUUUGAAACUGAACUUGCAUUGCAGUAUCAACGUAUAGCACAUACUGUAAAAGAACUCAUGAAUGUUCAGGAUGCAAGGGCAUCAUUGUGGUCUUUUGUUGAAUUUAUUAUUGUCAACAGAUCACCAUUAUUUAUUUUACUUCAACCUUUCAUCUUGCAACGAUUAGGAUUUAUUUCUGUUUCUGAACUCGAAGUAAACUCUCAAAAUUUAGUUAAAGAAAAACUUUCUGAAUACACAGCUAUCACUCCUCAAUGUCGAAGUUCUUUGCUUGUUGAACUUAUGAAUGAAAUGACAGAAAUUAAGCAGGAAUUAGAUGAUAGACUAAUAGAUGAACAAAGAUCAAGGACUAAUAAUGGAAUACGUAAUUCAUGUGAGACUCAACAUAGACCAUCUGUUAUAAAUUUAUUACCAGGUUCUUCCAAUCCCACUUACAGUGUAUGUGCUAUUUCUCAUAGAGAAUCUAUAUCCAGUGUACGAAGUAAUUUCAGUGGUCAAGACAAAUCAUUAAAUAGUAUUAUUCAAAAAGAAUCUAAAAAUUCUGAUGGAGAUCCAACAGAAUUUGGAAUCAAACCUGAAACUCGUUUACAACGUACUCGAGCUCAGAGUCGAAAAACUUUCCGAUUUCGGAAAAAUAACAUGAAGGUUAUACACCAUGGUUUGAAAUCACCUCAACAAACCAGAGAAGACAAUACAAUGAAUACUGAAAAUAAAGAAUUUAACAAAAUAUCUAAUGUAACAGAUGAUAGGUUAUUAAUAACAAAACCAGAAAUGAUAUGGGAAGAAGAUAAUCAUAGUGCACCAUCUAGAACGUCUAGUACUUCAGGCUAUCGAGAAAACUGCAGUUUGUUAAUGAUGCCAAUGGGUAGUUCAGAUGAAAAUAGCUCUUCACCAAUCCAUCAUUGCUUAACAAAUAGUAGUUCAACCAUUAUUCCUAUUGAAAGUCCAAUUAUGUCAAAAGACAACAAUGAUAUUGGCAGUCAACUGACAAUUGCUACUUGUGAAGAAGAUACACUGAUUUAAACUUUAUAUUUUUCAGUUAAAAAUUAUUUAAGUAGAAUACUUUGUUUUAUUGUGAUAGGAAUAAGUAUUUAAGAUACCAAAUAUGAUAAAAUUACCAAUGUACAUGCAUGGUUUUUAUUAUGUAGGAAUUUUGAUGGUGGUUAUUGCCCCAAGCCACCCCAAAAUACGACCCUGUUGAUGCCUAUAUUCAUAUAACAUUUCCUAUAAAAAAUUUUUAAAUUAUUUAAAUUGGUAGAUUUUCCCUUAAAAAUUUUCAUCAGUAGGGUGUAUGACCUUAAAAAUAUUUCAUAUUUAGAUUCACAUCGUGUAGUAACAAAAUUAUAGUAAUUAUUACAAUCAAAUCAAUAGUAUUCCAGUAAGUUUUGCGUUAACUCUCCUUACAACUUAUUGUUUUAAAAUUAAAUUAUUUAAUUGUGAUAUUCAAAUAUACCUAGUUUUGUCCUUUAAAUGAAAAUAUUGUUCAUAAAUGACUUAUUUAAAAUUAGCAAAGUAAAUACUGCAUAAUGUGCCAAAAUAUGAAACUGGGUGAUUGUUGUGUAAAAUAGGAGCCUUUUAUCUUACUCAUUAGCACUGAAUAUUCAAAGUAAUGUUUGUUUGUAGCAUUUAUAUAUCAUAAUAAUAGUAGUCACAUGGUACAAAUAGAGGGGUGCUUUUACUAUUUAGCACUUUUAAAAAUUUACAUUAACAACCAUAACCUUUUUUACUAUAUGCGAACUAUAUUACCAAUUAACCACCGAGAUGUGUUCUCUUGUUGCCUGUAGUAUUAAAAUAAAAAUCACUAAAAACUAUUUAGUAAAUUUAAUAUUUUAUGUGUAUUAUUUUACAUGUUUUUGAUAAUUAAUAAUUAAGUUUAUCAUGAUAGUAAAAUAUAAUUUUUUUUUAACAUAAGUUAUAAACUUUUAGUAAUGUUAUUUUUAAAUAAGAUAUUAAAAAUUAUUAAUAAUUAAUAAAAUGUCAACAUAACUUAACUUCUAA